AGCCAAGCUAACAAGAGCGACUUUAUUCUAGACAAUCCUUUUACACCUGUUGAAUUUGUUCUCAUAAUUCUUGGACUGAGCAUUAUAAGCCUGAUCACAAUUAUUGGCAAUGUUUUAGUCAUGCUCUCCAUCAAGGUCAACAGGAACCUCCAGACGGUCAACAACUACUUCCUGUUCAGUCUAGCAUGUGCAGACCUGUUCAUUGGAGUGUUCUCCAUGAAUCUCUACACAGUGUACAUUGUGAUUGGCCACUGGCCUUUAGGACCUUUGGUCUGUGACCUGUGGUUGGCUCUGGACUAUGUGGUUAGCAACGCUUCUGUUAUGAACCUCCUCAUCAUCAGCUUUGACCGAUACUUCUGUGUCACCAAACCUCUCAGCUACCCAGUCAAAAGGACCCACAAGAUGGCAGGCAUGAUGAUUGCCGCUGCUUGGAUUCUGUCUUUUAUUCUCUGGGCUCCAGCCAUCUUGUUCUGGCAGUUCAUCACCGGGAGCCGAGCAGUGCCUGCGGACGAGUGCUACAUCCAGUUCUUCUCCAAUGCAGUGGUCACAUUUGGCACCGCCAUCGCUGCCUUCUACCUGCCAGUCAUCACUAUGACUAUACUGUACUGGCAGAUCUCCAAAGCCAGCCGCAGUCGCGUCAGAAGCAGAGACAGCCAAAGAGUAUCUAGAGUCAGUAAUGAUGGAGGCCAGGUUGUUCCCAGAGCUGAGGGCAAUGUGGAGGGAAAGUCAAUCCAUGAAGGAGAGGAAAUGGUUCCACGGAGGCAGAGUGCCUCUGACGCCACUACAGGAGAAGAGAGAGAGAGUGAAAAUGACUCUGUAUCUGGCAUGUUUGCUUCCUCCAAUCAGAGGGAUGAAGAGGCCAUAUCUACAAGCACUAACGGUGACCUCAAAAGCAGACAGACCCAGUCAGCUCCUCUAGUCAGAGGAAGUUGGGCCAAAUUUACUUGCUUCAGAACGGCAUCCCAAAUGGACCUGGAAAACACCUAUAAACCCAGCAACGGAUGUCAGAACAUGAACAAUGGCAAGGAAAAGCGAAGUCUAGUGUCGCAGAAAAUUCUCAUUCCACGUUAUCAGAAGAAGAGGAAGAAUUUAUCCUCUCGGGAGAGAAAAGUAACAAGGACCAUUAUGGCCAUUCUGAUAACAUUUACAGCCACGUGGACUCCCUACAAUGUAAUGGUACUCAUCAACACUUUUUGCUCAACCUGUAUUCCAAACACAAUGUGGAUCUUCGGCUACUGGCUCUGUUACAUAAACAGCACAGUUAACCCGGCUUGCUAUGCCCUGUGUAAUGUCACCUUCAAGAACACUUUUAAACAGCUUCUGACAUGCAAGUACAGGAAUAUUAAUUCAACCAGAAAAUAUUGA